AUGGGAUGUGCCUGCUUGGAAGGAGAAUGCUCGGAUCUGCCCCAAGCUGGCAGCUACUUCCGAAGAGCUCUCGACAAAGCCAACGAGUUGAUGUUGUUCUGUGAACCUGGAAAUCCGUUAUCCAUGGCAACAAGAGCAUUUCAUCAGUUCUCGGAUCAAUCCUGCAAGAGUCUCUACGUAUACCAACGAGGCGAGUAUGACGAAGGCAUGCAUGGGUAUUCGGAACCUGUCACUCUGAUUUCCGACAUUGUCAGCACCAAGAAUGCUGCCGCCACCAUCAAGUUUAAUUUGGGUCAACUCUAUCUUCGCCUGAACAGAGACGACGAGGCACUCAAGUCCUUCAUUGGCUGUUUGCAAGUUGGUCAGUGGGCAAGUGAGUGUCUGGGGAAAUGCUCCACUUCCGGAGGCGUCAGCUUGAUUGCCGUGUUGCACAACAUUGGCCAUGUCCAGUAUCGCAGCGGGCAUUACAAGGAUGCUAUUAAAACCUACACCAAUGCGUUGGACAUUCUCAGAAGCACUCAUGCCCAGGACCAAAACAAGGUCACUUUAUGGGCACUUUCUGGAACUCUCAAUUGCAUUGGGGUGUGCAACUUUCAUCUACCCAAAGCAAACACUGAAAAGGCUCUCGCAUAUUACCGAGAAUCGUUAGCCUUGCGUCGGGCUGUGCUGGGAGAGAAUGCUGUCACCAAGGAGAUUGCCACGUCCAUCAACAACAUUGGCAGAGUGCAUUACCUUCGCGGAGAGCAUGACAAAGCAUUGGAGUACUAUAGUGAGGCACUCACUAUGCGAAGGAGCCUGUUUGGCAACAACCAUCUGGAUGUUGCCGCUACAAUCUACAAUGCUGGUCAAACACUGCAUCACCGAAGAAAGCUAGACGAAGCCAUGACUCUGUAUGAGGAGUUUCUAGUCAUUGCUAAGAAUCGGUUAGGAUACAACCAUCGUGACGUAGCUGCAAUGCUCAAAUGCAUGGCCCAGAUCAAACAUGAAUGCCGACAAGUUGAAGAUGCAGCAAAGCUAUACAGGGAAGCUAUUGAAGUUGGCCGUGCCGCUUUGGGAGAGCAUCAUCCAGAAAUCGCCUCCACACUCAACAAACUUGGCAAUCUGCUAUACGAGAGCAACGACUUGGAACAAGCCGUGAAGGUAUACCAAGAGGGCCUUCAGGUGGAGCGCAUGGUCUUGGAACACGACCAUCCCAACAUUGUUGUUACCAUCACAAACAUUGCCCAGAUUUACAAGCUUCAGGAGAAGUACGAUCUUGCCCUCAACUUGUAUCGUGAGGCAGUUGCCAUCCAAAGACGUAGCUUGGAUAGCUCGCAUCCAAACAUCUCCAGCACACUCUCUUCCAUGGCACUUAUCUACUACCGAACACGUCGCUUUACGAAAGCCCUGGAGGUCUACCAGGAGGUUCUUCGCAUUCGCCGAGAUGCGUAUGGCGAUGUCCACGUGGAAGUUGCGGCUACACUCAAUUCACUUGGUUUGGUCCUGUUCAAGAUGGACCUUCACGACUUCGCCCUUCAAAGCUUCCAUGAGAGUUUGCGUAUUCGCCGUCAAUUACUCGGGCCCAACCAUAGAGACGUCGCGGUGGUGUUGUACAAUUUGGCGACUUGCCAUUUGGAGUGCGGUGACGACGACAAUGCCAUGCACUACUAUCGUGAGACCCUCAAAGUGGAAAAGGCGGCUCUUGGUGGCACACACCCAGACGUUGUCUUGACUCUACUGCAUUGUGGUCAAGUCCACCAGGGACGCGGCGAGUUGGGUGCUGCUUUGGAGUUCUACGAUGAGGCGUUGGAGGCACACGCCAAGGGAGGCUCUGACGAUAAGAGCGGCCACGCUACUCUGGCAAGAAUAUUUAACCACAGAGGAAACGUCUUUUUGCAACGAGGACAGGCCAAAGAGUUGGUGGAAGCAAUGACAUUGUCAUUGCGCCACCUUCGCUUGGCGGGUAAGAAGGAGAAUGAACUGGUUGUGUCCGGGUUCAACUUUUACGCCCUGGCAAAGAAGCACCCAGAAUGUCCCGCAGCCGCAUAG